AGCGGGAAGUGGAGACCGGGGCUGGAGUGUGCGCGGAGGUGGGGCCGAGCUUCUGGUGGCGGCCGAGGACGCGAAGACGACGCCGCCGCGGCCGCUGGGCCACUGCUGCGUCCCUGUAGCCCGUGAAGAUGGUGCUGCUAACCAUGAUCGCCCGGGUGGCGGACGGGCUCCCGCUGGCCGCCUCCAUGCAGGAGGACGAGCAGUCUGGCCGGGACCUUCAGCAGUAUCAGAGUCAAGCUAAGCAACUCUUCAGGAAGUUGAAUGAGCAGUCCCCAACCAGAUGUACCUUGGAAGCAGGAGCCAUGACUUUUCACUACAUCAUUGAACAGGGUGUGUGUUACUUGGUUUUGUGUGAAGCUGCCUUCCCCAAGAAGCUGGCUUUUGCCUACCUAGAAGAUUUGCACUCAGAAUUUGAUGAGCAGCAUGGGAAGAAGGUGCCCACAGUAUCUAGACCUUAUUCCUUUAUUGAGUUUGAUACCUUCAUUCAGAAAACCAAGAAGCUCUACAUUGACAGUCGUGCUCGGAGAAACCUGGGCUCCAUCAACACUGAGCUGCAAGACGUGCAGAGGAUCAUGGUGGCCAACAUUGAGGAAGUGCUGCAGCGAGGAGAGGCGCUCUCAGCAUUGGAUUCCAAGGCAAACAAUUUGUCCAGCCUUUCCAAAAAGUACCGGCAGGAUGCGAAGUACUUGAACAUGCGUUCCACUUACGCCAAACUUGCAGCCGUGGCUGUGUUUUUCAUCAUGUUAAUAGUGUAUGUGCGAUUCUGGUGGCUGUGAAAUAGUGAAUCCCACUGCUGGUAAGGGAAACCCUAGAACCCGGCACGUGUAAUGUUUCAGGAAGCUGAGCUCACAGGGAUGUGAAUUAGAAUCCAAGUGGAACUUCUUCCUCUAAAAGACCUUGCAAGAAAAGGCCUGUCUUGAAAAUGAAAGAUUACGCCUCAUUUCAUGAAGCUUAACCCUCCGCGGAAGUCUCUAUGUGGGACAGAGGCUUUCUCUGGGUGCUAAGCCAUAUAUAUAUUAGGGAACAGUAGAUUAUCUUGUUUUUUCCCCCUUCCAGUACAUUUUAAAAUGCAUCAGAGUGGGGUAUUCUCAUUCUUGAAUAGAGCCAUCAAUAGAUUGAAAGGUAGCCAACCUGUGCUAGCAAAUUCUGAAAUCCUGAAAAUCCUUCAAAGAAGGAAGCCCUGUGGGAAGUUUUUCAACUUGAGUCAACAUUCCUUUUGUUGGUGACAUUUGUGAUUUUUCAGUGAUCUGGGUUUUUGAUGGCCUUUCAGACAAGACUCCAAGUACGUGAAGGUUCAUUGCUAUGCUGCACAGAUUCUGUCGGCCCCUGUAAAAGUUACCCUUCGUUGUUUUCCUUUUAUAUAUAUAUUUUUUGCUUAUUGCACAAUUGCUUUAGGGUUAAAUAAAUUAUAUUAAGAUACAUUGAGA